AUGUCGGUGCAGGCUGCCAUGUUUGCCAUCGACCUGCUGUUUGAAAAGAGCUAUGAAAGGAAACCUAUUUUUAUCUCAGGGACCAUCGUGGACCGGAGUGGACGAACUCUUUCCGGUCAGACAGGAGAAGCCUUCGUAGUGAGUUUGUCCCACGUUAACCCUCUCUGCAUUGGUCUGAACUGUGCCUUGGGGGCCACAGAGAUGAGGCCCUUCAUUGAAGCCAUCGGGAAAAGCACCUCAGCUUUUAUCAUCUGUUAUCCCAAUGCAGGUAACCCUCACUCUUCUGAACAACAGCGCGUCUUCAGCACAGUGCGGGCAUGGACUUAA